CACAUUUGUGCCACAGACUUCAAACUCAACAGCAUCAAUUUCUACAAUUUCGCCAGCCCGCAACGCAGCUAUUCACCACACCCAUUUUUGCCUGUCCCCGAAGGCCUCAUCCAUGUGGUUGCAAUAUCUGGCCGAUAGCACUGGUCCGAUCAAUCUAUAGGGCAGUGAAGCUCUGCUCGAGGCAGCUACCGUACUCCAAGAGGAGGAACGAUAUUCUACAACCAACAUGACUUCCAACGGCACCGUCCCAGACCUCCCUGAAGCAGUCUCCAGACCUCCCGAAGGCGUCGUCCUCCCUCCCAAAGACAUUCGGGCCAUCAUCGAAAAGACUGCAGGCUAUGUCGCCCGCAACGGCAGCGUCUUCGAAGACCGCAUCCGCGACAAAGAACAAUCCAAUUCGAAAUUCUCCUUCCUCAACCCUCAAGAUGCCUACGCUCCCUUCUACCAAUGGCGCCUCUCAGAAGUACGCUCAGGACGCGGCACCGCCGUCUCAGCUGGCCGCACUGGCGAUGCGACUCCGGUCCGCGAAAAGCCCAAGGGCCCCGAACCACCUCCCGAAUUCCAAUUCAGCGCGCGCAUGCCUAACAUUUCCGCCUCGGAUCUCGAAGUUGUCAAACUCACCGCUCUUCAUGUCGCCCGCAAGGGUAAGAGCUGGAUGACCGCCCUAGCCGCCCGCGAGGCGCGGAACUUCCAAUUCGACUUCCUCAGGCCCCAGCACUCCCUUUACAAUUUCUUCCAACGCCUCGUUGAUCAAUACACUAUUCUUCUCCAGACUGGGCCGGAGGGCCAAAAGGUGGAGCAAGUGCGCAUUCAGGCUCUUCAGGCUAACAUCCAAGACCGCUUCCGCGUGUUGAACCUGGCCAAGAAGCGCGCCGAGUACGUCAAAUGGCAAGAAACGCAGAAACAAAAGAAGGAAGAAGCCGAGGAGGCAGAGCGGCUCGCAUACGCCCAGAUCGAUUGGCAUGACUUCGUCGUCGUCGAGACUGUUUUGUUCACCGAGGCAGACGACCAGGCCGACCUUCCGCCGCCGACAACGCUAAACGACUUGCAGUCCGCCAGUCUCGAGCAAAAAGCCAUGAUGAGCCUCGCCAGGCCGGACAUGCGUAUCGAAGAAGCCAUGCCUACAUCCGAUAUGGACUACGCUUACGGAGGGUACGCCGAUCCCUACGCCCAGCAAGCGCAUCCUCAGAAUGGCUAUCCGGCACCCGCUCCGUCUGAAGUAUCGAUGCCAACAUACACGCCAUCACCCGUCCCACCUCAACCAUCUCCAGUUCCCUUUGCAACAGCACAAAUACCGGCGCUAUACUCUCCCGCCCCUCCAGCGAUUCCCUCGCCACAACCUACAGCUUCUCCUGCUCCGAUCCCUGGCCAGCCCCCCAUGCGCAUAAAACAAGACUACAUCCCGCGCGCUCAACAGCGCGCCGCGACCUCCCGUGCCGCCACUGCCCUAUGUCCGAACUGCGGCCAACAGAUCCCCGUCUCGGAACUCGAUGCACAUUUACGUAUCGAACUGCUCGACCCACGGUGGAAAGAACAGCAAGCCAAAGCCACCGCGCGCUUUUCCACGACAAAUCUUGGCGGCACCGAUGUUGCUGCAAACCUCAAGCGGUUGCGCGCAAGGACCGAUGGGCCGGGCGCUGCUGCUACAGGAGCUGAUCCAGUCGCUGAGGCCGCGGCUAGAGUGCUCGGUGAGCAAGAAGAAGAAGAGCGAAGGAAGCGCAUCAAACUGGACGGUGGAGCGGGAUUUGGUGCGCCAGGCCAGCAAGGCCAAGGACAAGGACAGCAGCCGACUAAUGUGCAAGAGCAGAUUCAGAGAAUUCAUAGUAAAUACGGAUCCUGAAUGGAUGGCUCUGCUAUCUCAUAUGAGAUUCCAGCCCGGGCCCUGACUUUCUCGGCUCCUUUUCGAAAAGCGUGCCAUGAAUGGCAUUACAAGACCUGUCUUCCCGCAAGAAGUCUACUUGAGACAGUGGGCCAUUCGUCCACGAACUGGCAGCCAAGCUGCCUGGCUCUACCUACUACCUGCAGAUCACAAGGGAGAAAAGAAACGGCAACAGCUCUGGAACCUAGAAUUUCCAUAUAAGCCGACGAUGCGAUGCAGCUGCCUGUGUCAGCGGCUACGAAGGCCGAGAUACAUUCUUGAUUGAGUUGUCGAAUUGAAGAUCGCAUCACAAUGUGUAUUUCACAGCAGCACGCCUGUCGAGGAAUCCAUGAACGCCAGUGUGCUCUGCUCUAGCUGGACCCUGGACUGUGAUUUGCUCUUGCAAUGGAAGCUGCAGGAAGCACUGGCUGAAUGCGAGGCGGAGGCAUUGGAUGCAUUAUGAAAUGCUAUGGCCACCCGCCUGCUGUCAUCUAGCUCGGUAGACUUCCUCUUAGCGAUGACAAGAGGAAUUUUGCGAGGUGGGCUCAAAAACGCAGGAUGACGGUCUGGUCAGCUUCAAGGUUAGAGCCUACAAGCUUACAGCCUAUAUCAAUAACCACGAUAAGCCUAAAGAAUUGGCAAUGGCAUGCGAUUGCUAUGCUUGCGUAGACACUCCGAGUGAAGCUACGAGCAUUAGGUGGAAUAAAUGGUUUAUGGAAUACGAUGUAUUGUGCUCACACUUCUGUAUACCGUGUGAAUGAUUAAAUCUG